UCCUAGCCGGUUGCACGGAAGUGGUUUUGUUCCAACCGUGUGCGAAAUGCGACCUGAUUCAUUUUGAAAGAAAAGAAACGUUCACUCGCUUGAACAUAUUGUUAACGGUGUAAUUUUUAAAACGUAUUUUUUUGGUUUUUAUUUUCUUACCAGUACUUUACCAUUAAGGGAACUAAAAGAGGAGGGUAGUUGGCGAGCUGCCUAGCUAGCUUCACCAACACAAGCGGCCAUGCCUCCCUAUUCGGAAUUGAGGAAAAGCAACCACUUCUAUUACUUCAUCAAAUUUACCCUCAACGUCUAUUCGAUGCUGUUUUCGCUGGUGGGUCUCUGUGUGCUCUGCGUGGGGGUGUACGCUGAGGUGGAAAGGCAGAAAAAUCGAACCCUGGAAGGUCUCUUCCUGGCUCCUGCAGUGGUGCUAAUUCUGCUGGGUCUGGUAAUGUUCACAGUCUCACUUGUGGGCAUGGUUGGCUCCCUCAGGGACAACAAAACCCUGCUGCACAUGUUCCUCUGCGUUCUCUGUGUCUUGCUUCUUCUUCAGGCUAUUGCCCUUAUUAUAGCGCUCAUCUUCGAGAAGAAGACGUCUUCGUUGUUUCAAAGCAGUAUACGAGAGGGAAUCAAGCACUACUACGACGACCUGGACUUCAAAAACAUCUUGGAUUACGUGCAAGAAAAGUUUUCGUGUUGUGGCGGAGAUGAAUAUAAGGAUUGGGGAGUCAACCAAUACCAUUUCUGCAAUGGUACCGGCCCACUAGCAUGUGGGGUUCCAUAUACCUGCUGUGUCCGCCGUGAGGUAGGAGAGGUCAUUAACACCUUAUGUGGUUCCAAGGCUCUGGAUAGACAGCGUGAAACCCUGCAGGAAGAGAUCCACGUGCGAGGCUGCAUCCACGCAGUCAACCUUUGGAUGAGUGACAACAUUGGAAUAACUGUUGCACUGUGCUGUGCCAUAGGGCUGCCACAGCUGCUUGGCAUCAUCCUGAGCUGCGUCUUCUGGAACCUUCUUGUGGAAAUGAACGAGUCUGUCGACAUGGUGGACUUCAAGCUGAAGAAGCUGGAGUUCAAGUACAGUGAGCUGGACCUGGCCGGCGCGGGCUGGUGUAUGUGCUUGCCAAGGGACGGUGGCUACUUGCCCGUUCCAGCUUCUGAACCCGAACUGGACCCCAUUGACCUUCACCUGCAGAAGCUGAAGAAGCAGCCGCCUCGCACACACGCUCAACUCCGAGAACUUCAACAGUCCAGGUCAGCCACCGGGCUGGACGAGGUAGACGUGGGCCGCAAGUUGAAAAGGGAACACUGAGUGGUCUUGUUGCCCUUCUUGCCUUCCCUUCAACAUUUCGAUUUGUUUUAUUUUUUGUUUGAUUUGUGUUGCACUACUUAAUGGUUGAACCUCUGCUGAUGGAUUUAGGGAAUUUGGUCAGCCAAAGGGAUCCAAAAUUAUUUGCCACUUUACUUUCUGUUUACUAUAAAUUCUGAGAACAAACAACCUACGGCAUCAGCUUUUAAUUUUUUUAAACCUUUGUCAUUUAUUGUGUUAUUUAAGGAUUUUUGGCAUCACAUUUUAAUUAGCUUUUUUUUACGUUUGAAUUUGAGCUACAUCUAAUGUGUUAAAGCUUACCUCAGGCUGUUUCAAAGACAGCCCAAUAGCUAAGAGGAUGAAUCUUGUGUAAAAAUUAAUUGUUGAGUAAAGGAGGUUUUUCAGUAUGGAACAAAUAGGACUAGUCCAUAUGUCAUGCGUGUAACGCUUGUGACGGAUGUGUACAGAUUGUGAAAUUUUUUUAGUUAGGAUCUCAGUUGGAUUUGUUUAGUCGGCGUACACUGUAAAACUGAUAGUUGUGAAAUAAUGUGGAGUGCAUGUUUUGUACCGUGUAAGAAGUACAUUAUUUGUAAAAUGAUAAUUUACAUAAGCUUUCAAAGGGGAGGCUUAUUUUUAUUUUUUUUAUUAUUUCCAUCAUUCAAAGGGACAAUACAAGCUACAACUCUAAAUGAGUUGUUGGACAGUUUUAGCUAGUAUCACACCACUGAUUUGAGCUUCCCUCCAGCUCCUGCCUUGUACCAACACUACUGCGCUUGUUAAUAAACUGGAAUUUGUCUACCGA